AUGACGACCUCCCCGGCUCAGGCAGGCCCAGAGUUCGGCCAAAAUACCUGCACCGACGUCCAGCGCUUCGACGAGUUGGUCAUCACAGGCCAGUCCAUGCUGCUGCAGAUGGGCAAGAAGCCAAGCUCUUGCGCGGAAGUGGCGCCCUUCUGCGACGGGCCGGAGCAGUUCAACGCUCGGCUCGUUUGCCCGGAGACUUGCGGCUGCAACGACCCUAUGUCUGGCCAGCUCUUGCUGGACGCGCAGGACGGCUGCCCGCGGCCAGCGUGUGAAGCCACUUCAGUUUUCCAGGAGUCUCUUCAAAACAUCUCGUGCCAAGAUCGCAGCGCCCCGUCCCUCCGGGCCGACCCAGCCUGGAACCGCGAGUGGGCCAUGAACUUGGCGUACAUGAGCGGCUUAUCGAAGAGGCUCGAGGCCUACUACACAGCCGUGAAGGACUUGUUCAUGGCAGCUGGCUGUGGAGCCAUCAACCACCCCCUUCUCUGGCACCCUGGGUUUGACCGAGACUGGUGCGUGGAGGCUCGUGGAAUACCCAAGUUCGCCUUGUUCUGCCCAGAAACCUGCGGCUGCACUUCGAACUCUUCCUCCGGAUUGAGACGCGGCGCCUGUCCCCCAAGCUGCUCCAGCGCAACAUAG